AUGGAAGAUGCAGAAAAAUGUACCAAAUGUCCAAAAGAUCAAUAUCCAAACAUCCAUCAAGAUCACUGUAUAGACAAGAUUAUAACCUUCCUAUCUUAUCAAGAAAAUCUGGGGAUCAUCUUGGCUUCCCUUGCCUUGAUCCUCUCUUUAAUCACAGGCUUUGUCUUGGGAAUCUUCAUUAAAUUCCACAACACUCCAAUUGUCAAAGCCAACAAUCGGGACCUCUCCUACAUCCUCCUUGUCUCCCUCCUGCUUUCCUUCUUGACCUCCUUCCUGUUCUUUGGCCAGCCCAGGAGAGCCACCUGUCUUCUCCGACAAACAGCCUUCAGCAUCAUUUUCUCACUCGCUGUCUCUUCUGUUCUGGCCAAAACGAUGACAGUGGUCUUAGCCUUCUUGGCCACAAAACCAGGGAAUAAAGUGCAGAAAUGGCUGGGGAAGAGCCUGGCCAACACCAUCAUCCUUAGUUGCUCGGGUGUCCAAGUUGUCCUCUGCAGCAUCUGGUUGGGCACUUCUCCACCAUUCCCUGACUCUGACAUGCACUCACAAUCUGAAGAGAUUAUUCUGCAAUGCAACGAAGGCAGUGUCUUUAUGUUUUAUGGUGCCCUUGGCUACAUGGGCUUCCUGGCUGCCGUCUGCUUCAUGGUGGCUUUCCUGGCCAGGAACCUCCCUGGGGCUUUCAACGAAGCCAAGAUGAUCACCUUCAGCAUGCUGGUCUUCUGCAGUGUCUGGGUGUCCUUCGUGCCUGCCUACCUGAGCACCAAGGGCAAGUACACAGUGGCCGUGCAGGUCUUCUCCAUCCUGGCCUCCAAUGCUAGCCUGCUGGGCUGCAUCUUUCUGCCCAAGUGCUAUAUUGUUUAUCUAAGACCGGAUCUGAAUACAAAAGAACAUGUGAUGUCAAAAUAG